ACGCAUAAAUAAAAUCUGAUAGGGAAAACUAGUUUUGGCAUAUAACCAAGUAAUGUAGUUGAUUACAUUUGGAGAGAGCGAAGUAUAUAUGAAUAACUUAGUUUAUUACAUUCGGUGACAUAUAUACUCGUUAAUGAUGCAAUAGCGCGUACCGCGUUUACAGCUAACCAAUCAGAGUGAAAUUUCAAGCUGUUGACGUGUAUCUCAAUAAUGCCUCCUUUAUAACCUUUGCCGUUGGAAGAAUAUUCUCUCCUAUGUGUUUUGCAUAAACUAAUACGUUUGAUUAUCUGUCUUACUAUUUCUUAAUUACAACCCUUUCCUUUCUUUUAUUUUUAUACUCUAUAUUUUGAGCAUCGGAUGCUUGUUUCUUUGCAUAGCUUAAAUUUUCUUUAUAUCUAUCUGUUUAUGGUUGAUUGUAUAUUAAUCAUUUCAAUACUCAAAUUAUCAACCAAAAUAUCAUUGAACAACUAACUACCAAUCAGGAAAAAUAACCGAUUAAUUGCAUAGUUUAAAAUAAAAUAGCUUUGAUCAGUUUUCUAUUGGAUAAGUAAAAUUACAGCAGAUAGUUUAGUAGCUUACUGCAUGGUUUUUUUUUUCGGAAAAAAACUUACUGCAUGAAUAAAGCUGUAUUUUUUUAUUGGAAUAACAGUCUAUAUAGUUAGACUGAAAAAGUCACUCUCUAUAUAAACUAUAAUCAGUGAUCUUUUUUCUUUUUCUUUUAAACACAUUUUAUUUGAAACACAAACUAUAAUCAGUGAUCAUAUUAAUAUACUGAAAAUGGAAACUACGUAUAUGGUUUAAGCAUUCAAACUAUUCAAGAAACUGAAUCAAAAAUAUUACGAACCAUCAGAGUCCCACGGAAAUUAAAGAAUGAGUCGUAAAUGAAUCAACUGCUUCAUGAGAGCUUGAUAUAGUUUGGUAGAUACAGUGUCCAUCCGACCUAAUUGCUUCUUUGAUUUUAUUGCUUCCUUUUCCAUAAAUAUUUUUACAAGCUAAACGAACUUAGCUAUUAGAAUUUAAUCUUUAUAUCAUCAAGUUAUAAGUUUCUAAUUGUGGUAGAACUUAAAUAUAUGUGACAAUUUGAAAUUUAUAAAAUUGGGCGAAGCAUACCAAACAUGCAUGGCAGUAUUCUAAUAUUUAUAGCUCGACGUAGUAGAAGGCUAUUUUAGUUUGAUUAAUCCACAUGUGGCAUGGCUAUUUUAUAGGUAUAAAUUUCAAUAAAGUUAGGAGACUAAAGGGGUUUUUGUUUGAUUAAUCCACAUGUGGCAUGGUUAUUUUAUAGGUAUAAAUUUCAAUAAAGUUAGGAGACUAAAGGGGUCUAAAGUUGCAACCCCCAAGUUGAGAAAGGGGACAUACACUUUUGAUAAGCAGAGAAACUUUGAUCACAUCAUAUCCUUGUCACUAAAGCUCUAAUCCUUACAGAAUGGAGAAUGAUCCUAUACAACAAUCUUACUUUACUUUUUUUCUCUCUUUAACACAGACACAUGGUGAUGGUCCUCCAUGAUAUCCACGCACGACAUUUUACAACGAUGCUGUAUAUUACAUUAUUACUGAUAAGUGAUAACUCAACGCGCCAAUCUAAUUUUUAAAUGGUAGAAGAUGUGAAUAUAUAUAUAUUAAAGUGUCACAAAACAACAAAUAGUUGACAAAAAACACUGCAUGUUAAAAUUUGGGCAACCAUUACUAAUUAUAUUAAGAAGAAUGUGAGAGUUCUACGCAGAGCCGAAACAGAGUUCUAGGCAUAACCCGAAAAAAUGCUGCGUAUUAAAAUUUGGGCAACCAUUACUAACUAUAUUAAUGUAAUUACUAAUGGUCGCUCAAAAAAUAAUUAAAAUUUGGGCAAUAUCAGUUCUCAGAGUCCCACCGUAAAUCUAUAAAAAAAAUGUCAUAAUUAAAGGGUGGAGUAAAUUGCAUAGCCGGAUGCUUCUUCUAUAGGGUUACAAGAUAUCUAUUAUAUCAACAUUAACUCGUCUCCUCUAUUGUCACAUAUGACUCACUUCUCUAUAGAUUGGUUAAAGACGUUACUAUAUUGCACGUAGUCUGCAUUAUUAAUUAUCACAAUUAUGUUUACACCAUGAUAAUGUAAUUUGUUAGUUUUUAUUAGCUAUGCCUGAAACUAAUAGACUAUAGUUAUAAUUGGGUUUUGAAAAAAAAAAUUUACAUAAUGGAAACUUACAAGUAACUAAAUUUUGUUUUAGUUUUCAAUGAUGGUUACGUGAGGGUCUGAAUAUGAUCAGAAGAAAACAAAAUGAAUAAUGAAGUCUUAUAAGUAGUUGAGGGUGAGUAUAUAUGUACCUAAUUGACUUUCAAACUAUUCAUAAUACCACACAAAUGGAAUAUACUCAAUCACUUGGUCCAAGUUCUAGAAGCCCUUAUGCAUUUUCAGAAGUCUAUCAUCACAGUUUAUUUUAAAUUUUUCCAUUCAGAAUUAUUUGUCAUUCACCCUUGGUUUCAGCCUUUUAAUUUGUUUUAAAUCCACCAUUUUAGACCAUGAUAAAAUCAUGAGCCAGAUUAUAAUAUAUUUGUUGUACUCAGUAAAAAUAAUAUUGUUAUUAUUGUGGAUAGAAUGAUGUACUUUUUUUUGUAAAAAGAAUUAAAUGAUGUACUUCGUCUAUUUGGUUUGUUGGAUUUUUUGGUUUUCUAUACCUAUUACUUAACAUGGUACUCAAGGUAAAGAAGUUCAAACUUAACGUGAUGCCCCAACAUAAAUGAAAUUCCUAUUCCGAUUCUAAUGCAAAGAGAAAAUACAUUGCAAUCAUGCAUGGCGAUGGCGUAACGCGGCGAUGUUUAUUACUUGAUAUAUGGAAAAACGAGUCGAUGUAUCCCUUGCUCCGUUGAAGAAGAUAGAUAAUCGAAGGAAUGUUGUUAGCUACAUAAUCUAGGACCACAAUCCGUGGAAAUGUAUGCAUGGAAGCAUCUAAAGCAAGAUUUGUUGUUGGUAUGUUUACCUAAAGCAAGAUGUAUAUUGAGUUGAAUAUGUAUAUAUUUUUCUGAGUUGAUCAUGAACCUCGUUUAUCAAUAGCCAAAUAUACUAAAAAGACCUAUAUCUCUUCUUUUUAUUUGGUCGAAAAAGACCUAUACCAACUAUUCAGAUUGCAUAAUUAAUUAAUAACAUCAGUUGAUUUUAAUUCUGUGUUAUUUUGAUAUAUACAUGGUUUUUGUUACAAAUGAAAAUAUAUCAGAAAACUAAUUUACAGAAAUCACAGCCAUGAAUAUAUAUAUAUAAGAGGUAAAGAAAACGUUAUAUAUAUAUAAAUAAAUAGUUAUAUCAAAUAGGAUUUCCUUAUGUUAAUUAGAAAUUUGAUUUUUCUAUUUCAAAGUCAGUCGUUUUUUUUUUUAUAAAAUCCAUACAAUUUAUUUAUAUAAAACAAAAUAAACUAAAUCAGUCGUUUUCCUUUUAUGUUUAAAAAUCAAAGAUAUUUUACUAUGUUUGUGUGGUUUUAAAUUGGGCAUUUUAUAUUCUUUUUUUCUUUUAAUAGUCAAGUCGAAAAUUUCCGAGUAAGUGUACCUGGCAAGUACUCCUUCCGGACCCACUUUAUUUCGAAGCCAAAGUGUCAUAACUACCCUCGCCUCUAUAUAAAAUCUGAACCCUUCCUCUCUUUCCUUCAAGAACAUCUUCUCAUUCGUUCUUACAGCUCAUACAGUUUCAUCACUCUUGCAAAAGCUUCUCUCUCUACCUCUCACACACCACAGCAAGAAGAUGAAGCACCUGAUCCGCCGUCUCUCCCGCGUGGCUGACUCCACUCACUACAACCUCCUCCGGUCAGAUUCGCAACGACGGAGCCGCCGUUCUAAAUUUUCCCUCCGGUCUUCUAUGGCUCGCCGCUUAAAGAAGCAUACAUCCUCUGUUCCUCAAGGACACGUACCGGUCUACGUGGGUGAAGAGAUGGAGAGGUUCUUGGUUAGCGCGGAGGUGCUUAACCACCCGGUUUUUAUCGGUUUGCUGAAGCGGUCGGCUCAGGAGUACGGAUACGAGCAGAAAGGAGUUUUGCAAAUCCCAUGCCACGUUCUUGUCUUUGAGCGCAUCAUGGAGUCGGUUCGGCUUGGACUAGCGGUUCCAAGUGACCUCCAAGAUCUAGUCAGCGAGGAGUGUGUCUGAACAAGCGUUUUAGAGGAAUCUUUGGUAGGUAGAGAGACAGAGAUGGAUCUGGUUGGUUUUUGUUCAGAGAGUAAUAAUAAUACUUAGUUGGUGUUGAUGUACAUAGCUACUAUAUAUAUAUGUUGUUUGUUGCAAAUUUCCUAAUUUUUUACCGGUUUAGGUACCGGUUUGAAGCUCUUGUGGAGAUAUAUGGAAUUUGCUUCGGUUUAGAUGUGAAUGUAAGCUUAAUUUCUGGGUUUUAUUAUAUAUGAAGAAGAUUCCAGCUUCUUUAUUUCUGUUC